UUGCUAAAAAAAACGUUAACUGUCUAGUGCUAGUGUAUAACAGUACGAUUAAGAAUGCGGUUCACAAACGGAAUAAUUAUAUUUUUUGUGAUAGCCACUGUCGGUGUCGACGAAGUACUUUCAACAUUGUUUAACCACACUCCAAAGAACAUAUCUUGUUGGGAGAACAACUGUCAGCUCCGAUGUAACGAUUGUAGUAUACUGCGCGCCGGAGUGGCGAAUAAUUUUUUGUGUUUUCAAUAUGCUACGAUUAGUGUCUUUGAAUGCAGCGAUAGUUUUCACAGGGUUGAAAUGACCAAAGAAUUUUUUCUUAAGAUAGAGAAAGCCGAAGUAAUAAAAAUAACGAAGACAGAUGCACGGCGUAUAAAAAAAGACACAUUUCCAAGUAGUACCACAUUGCGGGAGUUAUAUUUGCCUGAGAACAACAUUUCCAUCAUCGAUGAUUGGGCCUUUGGCAAUAUGAGUGCAUUGACUCAUCUUUACUUAAACAACAAUAAACUGACAUUCUUUGACGCUUUCAAGAUAAUUGAUGGUUUGAGUAUCAAAUACUUGAAUUUGGGAAAUAAUUCUUUAAUAUUUGAUAAACUCAGGUUGGAUAAUGAGGUAUAUAAUUUUAAAAGCAUUACGUACUUAAAUCUUGACGGAAAUAAGUUAAGAAACAUCAGUAUGGGUGAUUAUAUCACGGUGAUUAAACACCGGGAACUUGUCAAAGAAGUAUCGAUGGCUAACAACUUACUUACAAGCAUCACGUUAGGAAACUUCGAUCCACUGACUAAUUUGGAAAUUUUGAACUUGGCCUUCAACAACAUCAGUGAUAUUGAUUUAGCUUUUUACAAGAUGCAAAAGCUGACAACGCUCAUUUUAAGUCACAAUUGCAUAAGUGAAUUCGACAACUUCGCUUUUCCAAGUCCUGGCAGUCUGCAAUAUCUAGCUAUUGAUUACAAUCAACUUAUCUUAAUGCCGAAUAUUAUGGCACAUAUAGGCUCUUUAAAGAAAAUCGCCAUAGAUGGAAAUCCGUGGCAUUGCAAUUGUUUAAAACAGUACCAAGAGCUUUUUAUGAAGAAUAACUUUUCU